CAGCUACCGCUGAAGUUCGCAGCUUCAGCUGCUAUGCCGGUUACAGGGAGAUAAGUAAAGUAAAAACGGACCUUUAACUCUCGAGGGCAGUGGCUCAUUUUGUGCAGCCCAACGUUCGUGGUGUACGAGUGAGAAUUCAACAUGUUUUCCCUGUCAAUGACGGUCCAGCCACAGGUGACUGUCCCUCUGAGCCACCUCAUCAAUGUCCUCCACUCGAUGAAGAGCUCACUGGGCAGCAGCAGCGCCGCCUACAAAUCAAGAAAACACAAGGAGCAAGCCUCAGACUCGGAACGACACCCCACAGAGCCCAUGUGGAAUCUGCGGGAGCUUGGCUUAUCGGACCUGGGAGCACAGCAGCUGGAUGAGCUGGUGAACAGUGUGUUCCCUCGCUCGAGUCCCCAGGAGACGCCACUUUGUUUGGGUGGACAGACAGCAUGGAGGACAUCGCAUCUUUCGACGCACUCCUUUUACUACAAUAAGCAUGGCUUCUCGUGUGGUGCAAUGCCCAUGUCUUAUUCCAGGCAGCACCCCAUGCUUCUCCAGUCUGUCUGCACAGAGCUUCAACAUUGGCCAGUGUGGGUUCCAAACAGAGGCUUUAAAACUUUAAAAAGCAAAACCAGACGACUGCAGUCCGCCCUGGACUCUGAGGGAUUCACACCAUCUUUUAUGAAGGGUUUCCUAACGCGUGACAAGGGGAUAGAAGUUGACAGUCUAGACAGUCUGGUUAAGAACAAGAGCGUACCCGAGGGGCAGCAGGAUGCUUUCAAGAGCGGCUUCGCUGAGGGUUUCCUGAAAGCCCAAACCUUGACACGACGCACGCAAGACACUCUCAAGAGGACUCGUCUCAUCCUGCUGGUGCUGCUUCUUGUUGGGCUCUACGGCCUCUCCAAGACCCCUUUCAUAUCGGUACGGUUCCGAACCACAUCAGGCCUGGACUCUGCAGUGGACCCUGUCCAGAUGAAGAAUGUGACAUUUGAGCACGUCAAAGGGGUAGAUGAAGCGAAGAACGAGCUGCAGGAAGUUGUGGAGUUCCUGAAAAACCCAGACAAGUUCACAGCCUUGGGCGGAAAGUUGCCGAAAGGUGUUCUACUGAUUGGCCCUCCAGGGACUGGGAAGACUCUGCUGGCCAGAGCGGUGGCAGGAGAGGCAGAUGUGCCAUUCUACUACGCCUCCGGGUCCGAAUUUGACGAGAUGUUUGUUGGAGUGGGAGCCAGCCGCAUCCGGAAUCUUUUCAGGGAGGCUAAAGCCAAUGCUCCCUGUGUGAUCUUCAUUGAUGAGCUAGACAGCGUGGGUGGGAAAAGGAUCGAGUCUCCCAUGCACCCUUACUCCAGACAGACUAUCAACCAACUACUUGCAGAGAUGGAUGGGUUUAAACCAAAUGAAGGCGUGAUCAUUAUUGGAGCAACCAACUUCCCAGAAGCUUUGGAUAAUGCCCUGAUCCGCCCAGGGCGAUUUGACAUGCAGGUGACUGUACCCAAACCAGACGUGAAAGGACGCACAGAGAUCCUCAACUGGUAUCUGAAGAAGAUUAAAAUUGAUCCAGAUAUCCAGGCCAGUAUCAUUGCCCGGGGCACAGUGGGCUUCACUGGCGCUGACCUGGCAAAUCUGGUCAACCAGGCUGCUCUGAAGGCAGCAGUAGAUGGCAAAGACAUGGUCACCCUGAAGGAGCUGGAGUUUGCUAAAGACAAAAUCCUCAUGGGCCCUGAGAGAAGAAGUGUAGAAAUAGACAAACAAAACAAGCUCAUCACAGCGUACCAUGAAUCGGGCCAUGCCAUCGUGGCUCACUACACCAAAGAUGCCAUGCCGAUUAACAAGGCUACCAUCAUGCCCAGAGGCCACAGUCUGGGACAUGUGUCCAUGCUCCCAGAGGACGAUCGCUGGAGUGAGACUCGCGCUCAGCUGCUGGCCCAGAUGGACGUCAGUAUGGGCGGCCGUGUAGCAGAGGAGAUUAUAUUUGGCCAUGAGUACAUAACAACCGGUGCGUCAAGUGACUUUGAUGGUGCCACAAAGAUUGCUAAAAUGAUGGUGACCAGAUUUGGAAUGUGUCAAAAGCUGGGUGUGAUGACCUACACUGACAUGACGGCCCAGAGCCCGGAGACACAAGCAGCUGUGGAGCAUGAAGUCCGAGUAUUACUGAAGGCGUCUUAUGAGCGUGCCAAAGUCCUGCUGAGGUCCCGCACCAAAGAGCACAAAGACCUGGCAGACGCUCUGAUCAUGUAUGAGACGCUGGAUGCCAAGGAGAUUAAGCUGGUCCUGGAAGGCAAGGCCCUGGAGACCAGAUGAAACGUGCAAGCACAGCAACAUUCAGAGGGUAGCGGCAGGGGUCAGAUUUGUAGAGCUCAGGGGUCACAGAAGGGAAUGGACUCAUGAGAAGUCCUGGUCUGCAUUCUCAAAGUGUCUUUAUAAGUAAGUGCUCAUGUGGGACUACGUCACAUCCUCACUCUGUCCCCUCCGUGUAAUCCCAUCAAUAUUCCCAGAUCGGUAAUUCUGUCAUGUGCCACUUAAACAACGGGUACAUGUGAAGCAGGUUGCUCAGGUCACUUCAUCAGUUGCUGGGAGGAAAUGAUACAUUAAUGUAAUUAUUCACCGCAGACAGAAAAGCAGCAUGUUAAAUAUUGUAAAUUGUUGAAAAAUGAGUUGAAAUUAGUUUAAAAUGUGUUGCGCCAGGUCUGUUUAGACCUGUUGAUGGGAAAUGCUGAUCGUUAGCCCAAAGAGCUCUCAUGUAAUAAUAAAAUUAUAACUAAAUCUCAA